AUGAAUAAUAUCCCGGAGAACAAGUCUGCGAGGCGUGACUCACGUUUGUUGGACGAGAAAGACAUUCGCCUCCUACAGGUCAGACGAGGUCGUGAGAUGAGCGGCAUCCCGCCCCAGGCUCCCCCAGGAGGUCGCAGCGGACUCCCCGCGAAGCAGAUCGCUGAAAGGGACGGCGGGAGACGGGAAAGACUUCGGGUGAAGAGAUUCAGGCAGGCGUUCACAGCUCGCCGGGUCGGGAAGGCGAUCGUGAUCCUCGCGUGCGCCGCCCUCGCUCUCAGGCAGGCAAAAAGAGCAACAAAAGUUUUCCCCUACCCCCAGGUGACGCUCCAGGUGGAAGAAUAUGCAUCGUUCCCGACGAACACGCUGUACACGAUGAACGAGGGCGCCGGGACCCGAGCCCCAGCCUUCACCUUCUGCCCGAAGCCGUCCGUGAAGGCUGCAUUCGCGGGGGACGUAGACUCCGUGAUCGCGAAGGGAUCCACGAUCGCGGAGGAGUUCCGGAAUGUCUCCGUCCCUUUGCGCGACAUGGUCCUGGAAGCUCCCAGUCCUGGCAUGUCUUUCGAGGGGAACUCGACCGUCAACGGAGAGACCACAUAUCACAUUUGGUCCGAUGGCGGGCAUUGGAGCGAGCGAACAUUUUGGGGAAUGAACUUCAAUCACCCACUUGGUGGAUUCUACUUCAAGUGCUUCACCCUCUUCUUGAAUGAAGACAUGCUAACCGGCUGGUUGAAGACCUGCAGGGCAUACUACUUCACCUUCGACUUCAAAGCCAUCAGGAAUUCCACGAAAGCCCAGGUGGGAAGGAUCCACUCGACCCGUGAUAAAGGGCUUGCCCUUCAUUUCUGCGAGUAUUCCAUGCAGAUGGAAGUGUUCGUGCACGAUCAAAGGGAGCAGUUCACAACUUUGGGCUUUUUCGAGCCGGAGCAGAUCGUCCUGCUCAACGACACCCUCACGAGUCUGUGGAUUCGCCCCGAGAUAGUCCAGAAACAGAGCAAAAAAGAGGAUCCUUGCAUCUUGGAUGAGGACUACAGCUACACGAGGGGUGAAUUGAGGGAAGUUGAAAGACUCAGCGAUGUUGGCGUCCGGCAGUGCAUGGAGAACUGCUUCUGGGAAAGGAUGCAGGCAGACCCGAACCUGCCUUGUCUGAACCCUGACCUUCUGCCCAAGGAGGCUCGCGUGACGAAACAGGGUUGUCGGGACGCGGUGAGCGAGAGGCACCAUCUGAUGACUUUGGUGAACACCUACACCGACGCUUCUUUGAAUGCGAGCGUGCACGCGCGCGCCUGUGGAUGUCCGAAGAGGUGCAACGUUACGGACUAUCGGAUCUUCGCGGAUCCGACAUCCGUGUGUCGGCGGGACUUGGCCGAUUCCGUCGGGGACGGGAAGGCCAUUCUCGUCUUCGGAUUCCCUUCGAAACGGGUACCGCAGUUCUUGGAGAAGGAGAAGGUGAACCUCGUGGAUCUUCUGUCGAACAUCGGAGGGAUCGUGGGAAUCUGCCUCGGGGCUUCUUUGAUCACACUCUUCGACAUCAUGGAACAGGUCUACUUCAGUCUUCGCCACAAAUUAUACCAGCAGAGAAAUGAGAUCCUCCCCGAUGGCAAGCACUGAUCCGAAAAAAUGGAAUCGUCUCUUCAUGCAACG